AUGGGUAAAGGAGGAGGUUGCAUACCAAGCAAGAAAAAGGCACCAAUUUCUGCCCCAGAAAAGAAUGAUCCUGUUAGUACUGAGAGCCUAGUCAUAGAAAAUAGAGAAGCAACUUCAGGCCAAGAGAAGCUAGUCCAAGAAGUCAAAAAGCUGAGAGUUUUUAUAGUGUUCUACUCAAUGUAUGGCCAUGUGGAGUCGUUGGCAAGAUCUUUGAAGAAAGGAGUUGAUUCCAUUGAAGGAGUAGAAGGGGUCUUGUAUCGCGUGCCGGAGACACUGCCUGAGGAGGUCUUGCAACUGAUGAAGGCACCCCAGAAGGAUGAUCAAGUACCAUUGAUAUCUGCAGAGAAGUUGGUUGAGGCUGAUGGGUUGUUGUUUGGGUUUCCAACAAGGUAUGGGAGCAUGGCAUCACAGAUGAAAGCUUUCUUUGAUUCAACAGGACAGUUGUGGAGGGAGCAGAAGCUGGCAGGUGUGCCUGCUGGCUUUUUUGUCAGCACUGGCACUCAGGGCGGUGGCCAAGAAACCACCGCUUGGACUGCAAUCACACAGUUAGUCCACCAUGGGAUGCUUUAUGUUCCUAUUGGUUACAGCUUUGGUGCUGGAAUGUUUGAGAUGGAAUUCAUUAGAGGAGGAUCUCCAUAUGGUGCUGGAGUUUUUGCUGGAGAUGGCACAAGACAAGCAAGUGAAAUGGAGCUGGCCCUUGCAGAGUAUCAGGGCAAGUACAUGGCCACAACAGUCAAGAAAUUAGCCCAUAAAAGCUAA